CAAAGCUGACAGCGUUUGAGUUAGCUGUUAACCACAUCCGAAUGGAUGCUGAGGCAGUCGUGUGAACAGGCUAGAUAUCGUGUAUCUAUCAAUAAUUCAGUUAACGACUUUCUUUUAUAUGAAAAUCCUUUCGCGGAAAUAGACACUUUCCGUGCGUUUGUUCUAUAAGCUGACGUUAGCGUCAGCCUUCCGUUUUGUCGUUAGGAAAGGCUAACGUUUGCACACGGACGUUAGUGUUAACGUAAACGCUUGCGAAGUUAACGGCAAAAUUGAGGUUCAUCAUCCCGAAUUGAACGCGCAGUGAGCAUAAUCAGUCCGUGAUUCUUUUUUUUUUUUCUGCUGUAUUUGCUGUUUGGGAACAGAACGAGCGAGAGAACACGUCCAUCUUAGCAGGACAACAAUGUCUACAUCGAACGCUAAUUUCAAAAACAAGUGUGUGACCCAGGUGAACUGCAUGUUUUGUGAAAGUCUGCUCUGCACGAGAGGCAUGAAAGCCGUGCUUCUCGCAGACACGGAGGUUGAGCUCUUCUCGACUGAUAUACCUCCCAACAGAACUGUUGACUUUGUGGCCAGCUGCUACUCUACUGAAAGCUGCAAAUGCAAACUGAGAGACAUCGCUUGUCUCAAGUGCGGUAAUGUUGUGGGUUAUCAUGUCGUGGCCCCCUGUAAACCCUGCCUGCUCUCCUGUAACAAUGGCCAUUUCUGGAUGUUCAACAGCGACGCUGUAUCUACUCUCAACAGACUGGAUGCGACAGGUCUGAAUCUGCUCCUGUGGGGAGAUCUUCCCGAACUGGAUGACAGUGAGAAUGAAGAAUCAGAAAGCCCGUUAGAGGAGUGUAUUAGGUAGGUGCCUCAAGGGGACAAUGUUAGAGACCCUGGAAAGCCAACAUUUGAGGUGGAGCUAGAAGAGUGUACAAACCAUGCUUCAGAGAAAAGAGACACUUCAAAGGGCAAUUUAAUACUGAAUCAUAUAGGGCAGAAAAGUUCUGCUGCGCUGCUCUGUAUGGGUUGAAAACUGAAACCACGGCGCACAUCUGGCCACACCCCCAAUCAGUGACGUCACAGCAGGUGUUUUGCCUUUGACAGCUGAUGGAGCCUGCUGUGACAUCACUGAUUGGAGUGUGGCCAGAAACGCAACAUGCUCCAAAGUUAGCACCUACAGAGAAAAGUGCAGCAAAGGUUGUAGGCUCUGUGUAAAUUAGUGUUGAAUUACACUUGAACCCGUGACCAUGCCUUUCCUCAUCACUUUUCACUGUUAAAAAGCACAGACGCACACGUAUUCUUUACUCUCUUAUUCUUUUCUUAGUAAAUUUGCAUGGGUUACUAUGAAACGUGGCCGACGUAGGCGGAAAAUACCAAACGACUAGACCACUUAAUCUAGUGUAUUCUACGUCUCAUCACGGAGUCUUUACUGAGCUCAUGGUUCUGAUCGGCCUCGUGAGAAGUUGGAGCCGUGGUGUGAGAUGUCAAUGGAACUUAUCAACGGAUGCUGUGCUUUUUCACACCGUUUACGUUCAGUCCAAAUUUUCACGAUAAGAUGACCACACUUUGCCUGCCUUCUUCUUAAUGGCAGUGAUGAUGUGUACAUAGAAUAUGCUGUAAUAAGCAAAAACUCCCAUAAGAGUUGCGUCUUCAAGGCUUAUAUUUUCUCUGUGUGGCUGAGGGCUGACUGAACAAGCUGGUCUCGCACAAAUGUACGUUCCCAUGCAACUAAACUGCACUCUCGAUGACAUUUCAAGGGAAACCUGUUUUCCUCCAGUUGCAGUUUUAAACCGUUUCGAACGUGUGAUUAACAAACAAAAUUAAAACAAAAAAUGCUACAAUUCUUUGGGGUUUAGGCAACAAAAGUACUUGCUCUCAGUUGAGACAUAUUUGUGAAACUUCAAAAGCAAACUUAAUCCACAAUGUUACUCGCAUGCAGUUUCGUUGUAUGGGGGACAUCAUCUUUAGGAGACAGGGCUGGACUGAUAGUUUGAGUGCUUUUUGAAUCCCGUGUAUUGGACAAAUAGCACAAUGAUUGAAUUAUAUACAUACAUACAUACAUACAUACAUACAUACAUACAUACAUACAUACAUACACCUUGCUUUUUAAGGGCAUAUUUGAUUUAGGUUACCUUACGAUCUGACGUUCUAUCAGUGAUACAUUUUAACAUGAUAAUACAGUGUUGCACACUUGACAGCAGCAGUAUGUGCUUAACCCCCAGAUGAAUAUGACCGUAGCAGUAUCUGAUACUAACAUACUAACUUAUGCAUAGGGUGUGCUUCCACAAAGGCCCGGAGCAGCUACAUUUUAAAGUUGAGUUUUUUGGUAAGAGCUCAGCUCAAUUAAUACGUUCCCAGUUUAAUGAUGGUGGUGAUGGAAAGCUAGAAUGGGAGCUAACAAAGGUGCAUCUUUGCAAACCGUAAUAACUUUCAAUGGGGAUCAUUAAGCAAAAUUAUGAACACACGAGUUCCAAACGGAUUCCCGCGUCCAUGCUCUGUUUUUGUUCGUGUUCAGUUUCAUGUAGCAGCAUAACUGUAGCAGCUAGAGAAAAGACAACUCCAAAGAAUCAUGAAACAUAUCCAAUGUAUUGCUUGAUAUUGAACUUGUACACUUGGCUAACCUUCUAAAAAAACGAUAGUUGUGUCAUUUGAGGCCAGCUUAUUGAAUAGCAUUUCACAAUUUUAAGUAAUUUUGUUGUAACGUUGAGUUUAAGUCAGUGGAGCUGACCAUAAAACUCUCAACCCUCAA